AUGUAUGGCAGCAGCCAAAACAACCGUAAUGAAGACCGCAAAGAAGACAAACCACCAUACUCCAGAGUGUUUGUUGUAUGCAGCAAACAAACCCAAGAGGAUGAUUUGAGAACUCCUUUUGAAAAGUAUGGUACAGUUGAGGAUUUCUAUAUGCCUAGAGAUCGAAAUACGGGUGAUCCCAAGGGGGUAGCAUAUAUAAAAUUCAGCAAAACGUCAUCAGCUGCAGCAGCAAUCCAUGACCUUCAGGCAAAGCCAUUGAAAAUUAAUAAUAAACCAAUUAAAGUUAUGGUGGCUUCAAGUAAACACGAUUCAAAUUCCACAAAUGAAGAGAGAUAUAGACGGCUCUUUAUAAAAGUUCAUAAAGACAUAACUGAAAGCGAGGUGUAUGACCACUUCUCCAACUUUGGGCAUGUUGACUCAGUGUACUUGCAAAGAGAUAAAUCCACUGAUAAAUGUAAAGGCUUUGCAUACGUACACUAUACCUGUUUCUUGGAUGCUGCCAAAGCAUUUGAAGAAUGUGAUCGAAAAUAUAAACCAGUAUUUGCUACUCCUAAAGAUGAGUUGAAACGUGCCAGGACCAGCUUGGAGGGGGGAGUAUUUGGAGCUCAACUAGAUAAUACCUAUUCUAGUAACAGUCACUUUAAUAAAGACAAUUUUUACACAGAACAUAAGAGAGAAAGUUUCAAUUUACAUCCUAAUGCUUCAUCUCAGCACUGCACUUCAGUCAUUGUUACCUGCAGUCCUCAAGUGCCUCAAAAGUGCAUUGAGAAAUUGUUUAAUAUUAUACCUGGGAUGAUACAGUGUCAAUACACACUUGAUACAUACAAUGGCUAUUGUAAAGCGCUCAUUUCUUAUGACAAUGAACAGGCUGCCACAUGUGCUCUUCAAAAGAUAAAUAAUUUUGAAUUUCCAUCUGGGGAAAUUGUUUUUGUUAAGCCCGAUGAUAACCCUAUAAAUAAAGCUGCUAAUACUCUAAGUACUAUAGUAAAUAGUUUUAAGAACUCAUUAGAUUCCGGUAACCCUAACUUGCUCCAGCUAGCUGAUGCUAUAGCUGAGGCAUCGACAUUGAUAAAGGCAGCUACAACGGUUAAAAUUGAAAACAGCUCACGACUUUUAGAGAAUAAGGAAAGUCACUGUAGUGUACCUCUGCCAUCCCCUCAACCAAUGGCUAAUGCUAACAGUAGAGUUGCACAAAGAUGUUUUAUAGUAUGUAAACCAUAUCCUCCACCUGGUUCUGCUUUAAGGGAUGCAUUUUGCCGCUUUGGAGAUCUCAUUGAUGUGUGUACUUUCCCGAAUAAGACAUUUGGUUUUGUUAAAUAUGCUUCUGAAAGGGCAGCACAAGAAGCUAUUAAAACUUUGAAUGGGGCAGUAUUGUGUGGUAUUCAGCUUAAAGUUUUAGAGGCUGAUGAAAAACCUUCCAAGGAUGAUGAUGAUGAUGAUGUUAAAAUGAUAAUACAUCCACCUGAAAACUAUUUAGAACGUGAUAAAGACUGUAAAAGAAUGAAGUUUAGUGAAUCUAGGAAUUACAAUUAA